AUGACUACAAACACCUCCCUAGCACCCCUCCCCCUCCCACAGGGAGUAACAAGCCGCUAUAUCCAAACAAGCGAUCUAAACUUCCACAUAUUAGAGGCAGGAAGGUCACAACCCGAAGCCCCCCAAAAGCCCCUGAUAGUACUCCUUCACGGCUUCCCUGAAAUAGCCUACUCCUGGCGCCGCGUUCUGCCCAAGCUCGCUGAAGCAGGCUACCACGCCAUCGCUCCGGACCAGCGCGGCUUUGGGCGAACAACAGGCUGGGACACAAGCAGCUACGACAAUGUGGAUCUUGCAACGUUCUCGUUAUCCGGUCUAGUACGGGAUAUCGUGCUGCUCGUGCAUGCGCUUGGCUAUCGAUCCGUGCAGUGUGUUGCAGGACAUGAUUGCGGUGCUGUUUCGGCUGCUAUGUGCGCGCUCAUGAGGCCUGAUUUCUUUCGUUCAGUUGUGCUUAUGAGUCACCCUUUUAAUGGGAGUCCCGAGGUGCCAUUUGAUACUGCCAGUGGUGGUGGGGAUGCUGGCCAGAGCCGUGUAGCACAUGAAGGUGCUGGUGGUGCCGAGGGCUCUGCUGCUGUGGGAAUUCAUGAGGCUUUGGCGGAGCUGGAGCACAAGCAUUAUAAGUGGUAUUAUUCGACUGCACGGGCCGGUCCUGAGAUGUCGGAUCUGGAGCCGGAGGAGAUGCAUCGCUUCUUGCGAGGGUAUUUCCAUUUGAAAAGUGGCUCUUGGCCGGGGAAUAGACCUCAUCCGCUGGACAGGUGGUCGGCGGAGGAAUUGGUAAAGUUGCCCGGCUAUUAUAUUAUGCCUUUAAAUGAGACUAUGCCUGCCACGGUGGCCAUUGAUAUGGCCGAGGAGCCGACGAAGGGCAUGUCUUCGCAUUCAUGGCUACCAGAUGAGGAGCUUGCUGUUUAUGCGGCUGAGUAUGGACGCACUGGCUUCCAGGGCGGGUUGAACUGGUAUCGUGUGCGCACAGCUGCUGGCGGUCGAUAUACUAAAGACUUCGAGGUCUUUGCUGGAAAGAAAAUCGAGUCGCCUUGUGCUUUUAUCUCUGGAAAGCUGGACUGGGGUAAUUACCAGGAGCCAGGUGCCAUUGAGAAGAUGAAGAACGGCGUCUCGUGCGCGGACCUUCGGAUCUUUCGGUUCCUGGAUGGGGUUGGACACUGGACACCCCAGGAAGGCUCGCAAGAGGUAGUGCAAACGAUUGUCGAGUUAGCUGGAGGCCUGAAGUAG